UUCCUUUCCUUUCAGGCUGACAUUAAUGUAAAAGGUUCAUUCUAAGUGGAGCUGAACAUCUGCAUUCAUCUGUAGCUUUAGGAUAUCGUUUCUUUAAAAAUGGAUCUCCAAGAGCUGUUUGGAAACUUUGUGCUGAUCCUUCUGUUAUCCAAUGGUUGUCAAUCACAGGAGCCUGCGUGUGGCAAAGCAGCUGGAAGCAAGUCGCGAAUCAUUGGGGGUCAAGAUGCCCAGCUGGGGGACUGGCCCUGGCAGGUAUAUUUUACUGUAGAUGAUUCCUCCUGUGGAGGGUCGCUGAUAAGCAAUGAAUGGGUGCUAACAGCUGCUCACUGCAUAACAAGAGACGACCUCAACCACACAGAAGUCCAACUUGGUGUUGUACAACUAGACAACGUUUCCAACUCGACUAAAGUGACUCGAAGACUCUCUGAAAUCAUCUGCCAUCCUGAGUACGACUCUUCGACAUCUGAAAAUGACAUCUGUCUUCUGAAGCUUUCGGCUCCCGUUGACUUUACUCCCUACAUCCAGCCGAUCUGCUUGGCCUCAGAGAACAGCACUUUCCAUGAUGGCCUUCUGAGCUGGGUCACUGGUUUUGGCAACACUGAAACCCAGGGUAUUGGAACUGGACUACAUUCAAACACUCUGCAGGAAGUGGAAGUGCCAAUAGUUGGAAACAACCGAUGCAUGUGCUACUACUCCGAAACAUUCAUGAUACAUCUUCUUUUCAAUGCUAACCUAAACCCAAAUAACUACAUGUGUGCUGGACUUAAAGAGGGAGGAAAGGACUCCUGUCAGGGAGAUUCAGGCGGACCUCUGAUGGUUCAACUCCAGAAUAGUUCUCAGUGGGUCCAAGCAGGGGUUGUGAGCUUUGGUGAGGGAUGUGCUGUCCCAAUGAAACCAGGCGUCUACACCCGAGUGUCCCAGUACCAGAGCUGGAUCAGCGAUACGGUCACUGGCAUGGAGCCAGGCUUUGUUACCUUCACCUCGGCCGGCAUCGACAGCGACCUACACUUCACCUGUACUACUACUACUACUAUUACCACCACCACUACCACUGCCCACACCUCCACCACCACCGCCCACACCACCACUCCCAGUAUGACCACUGACGACAGUAUUUUUGGCAGUGGGGAAACCCUGAGCCACUUCACUCACUUCAUGGGAAUUGCUGUUCUUGCUCUAUUCCUUCAUUUCCUUGUGGGCGGUGCUUGGAAGUAAAUGUUUUACUGAGGAUUAUGCGAUGCACAGAUAGGAAAAAGGUUAUGUUUUAUACUUCACUGCAGUAUAAAAUAUGUGCUUCUAAACACAUAGUGCAAGUUUUAAAAUUAAAGAGUUAUUUGUCUUUUGAGCAGUUAACUAAAUUCAUUUUGAAUAGUAUUACUGUUAAUAUGUAGCUAAGUAACAUGGGGGUUAAUCUGAGCCAACAGGAAUAUUGUGACAUGUAUUGCCAAUCAAGUAAUACAAAUGAUCAAAUAUUGUGACAUUAGAGCCAAGUUAAUUUUUUAAAAAUCUGACCUAUUUUUAAUCUGUUUUAAAUGAUUCUAUAACAAGUGAAUUUUGGUUUUCAGACAUGGUGUGAAUUUGGUGUGUUUUUAUUUAUAUCCAUGGCAGAAACAUUUUACCAUUGUUUUAAGAAGUUUGGAAUUUACCAGUCACUUAAGAAAACUAAUGACUGUUCCCGUUUCAGCUUUGUCCUUUCUACUUCAACUGAGUAAGGAUUAAAGAUUUCUUGUCAUCUCUCAAAUAUGUCCAACAGAACAAUUAGAAUUAUUUGCAACUAAAAUGAUAAUCCUAUAUAAAUCUUAAUGCUCAUGGACAUAACAUUUCCUACAAAUUGUAUAUUUGUUUUGGAUAAAUGCAUUUGUCAUUUUCCAGAUAGUAGAAAUAAUAGUGGAAUAUGUGUGGCUUUUUUUUUUACAAGAAGACAUUAAUAAAAUGAUCAACCA